AUGGCGGUUUACAUCCGACAGAGUCCUCCGCGCGAGGGCGUGAGAGGAGGCCGCGAGGACUUCAAAUGGGAGUCGCUCACCUCCAGUCAAGACUACGACUACUAUCUAGGAGCGAGCACGAAGAUCGGGCUCCACUCGCGGGGCGGCAGAUUCGUCAAGAACGAUUGGUGGACAAAGCAGCGCGGCGGCGCCUCCACGACGGAGCUCGACGAGGAGCUGCAGCGAGUGAAAAACUUUGAAAACGAACUCAUGGGCGAGGCCUUAGGACAGAAACCGAAGAAUUUACUCGUGGGGAACGAAUACGAGGAUCGGAAGGCGGACAGCCCAGACGGCGCACCAGCGAGAAGCCCUUCUCACGCGGAGAGAAAACGGCUAAAGAAGGAGAAGAAGUAG